UGCUUAAAUUAAAACAAUUCUUUCACUAGUCAAACCCCCCCAACCCAUAUCUUUCCCACUACUAGCAGCAGCAGCAGCACCGCUACCUUCAGAUCUUCACCGCCGAUGGACCCACCGCCGAUGGACCCACCACCACCGUCUGCCACCACAACUACCACCACCACCACCAUUGACCCACCGCAUUCCCAUUCCCUUCCACCAUUACCCACAUCCAAACUCCGGCUAAUGGUCAGCCACAGUGGCCACAUAGUCCCCCGCCCACAAACCAAAUCUUUAUGCUACGCUGGUGGCGAAACUCGUAUAGUCGCCGUUGACCGUCGUACCACCGCCGCCACCAUCACUUCUCUGACCCACCAUCUUUCACGUACCUUAUAUAACAACCGUCCAUUUUCACUUAAAUAUCAACUUCCAAAUGAAGACCUUGAUUCCUUAAUUUCGAUUUCAUCCGAUGAAGACUUACAAAACAUGUUGGAAGAACAUGACCGUAUUGCUAGUUCCAGCUCCCCUGCACCUUCACGUAUCAGAUUGUUUCUUUUUCCGACCCGACCCGAAUCAGUUGGGUCUUUGUUGCUUGACCCAAAAUCCGAAACUUGGUUUUCUGAUGCUUUGAAAAGUAGUAUGAUUAUUAAUAGAGGGUUGUCUGAUGAUGGGUUGAGUACUGGGUUGGGAAUAGGUGGUUUGGAUUGUUGUGAGAGUUUGAUGAAUAGUGGUGAUGAUUCGGGUAAAGGGUCGGGUUCGGUUCAGGAAUCGAUGGUUUUGGAGACGUGUUCGUCUUUCGGGUCGAUUAAUUCGUCUGUUUCAGGUGUGAAUUUGAAUGGGGUUGGAGUUGGUAAUGAGGAUGGAAGUGGUGGUAAGAUUAAAGCUGUCAAUGCACCUGGCUGUAUUGAAAGUGAUAAUUCUGCACGUAUUUAUCGAGACCAAGUGAUUCCUGAGUCAGAGAGCAUCAUCUACAAUCCUUCACCUACGAUGCAGAUGCCAAGAAACUUGCAAGUUCCUGGCUAUCAGAUACAACACAUUCCUGACCAAAGACAGCAGCCAGUGCAGUAUAUUCCUACGGGAUCUCCUCAUUACAUGCAAUAUCCAACAGGACCGUUACCCAUCUCAUCAUACUACCCGAUGUACGUCCCAUAUCAGCAGCAGCAGCCAAAUCAGGCCUACCCUAUCUAUGUGAUGCCCAUGGGGCCCACCGACCGAUCUUACAACAUGUCUGCUCAAGGAGAUAUAAAUGGAUCUUUGAGUCAUCCUCCUUUGCAUACUCAUAUUCCAAGUCCGCAUGUUGCUUACAAGGAGGGCAUGGUAUUUCAGUCACCAUCUGAACAGGCAGCAGUUGCAUCGCAAACUACUCCAUCUAACCAGGUUCCUUCUCAGCCUCCUCAACACACGGGCCCUACUGCUACUGCGACUCCUACUUAUGAAAAUGAGUAUGAAAACGACCUUGCUUAUGCUCAGAUUUACAAGAGCCAGCCGUCAGCACCUGUGUUUCCCUCUCCAAUAUUUGAGACCACGAAGAAACCAGAAUCAAUGCCCUUGUCUGAUUCAUCAGCACAGCUACAAACUGGGAUGUCACAACAAUAAUGCAGCUGCUAACUUUUUUUCAAAGUGUGUGCCUUUAGUGUCGGUAUGUGUUUGUAUUUUACUAUUUUAGUGAUCUAUUUACUAAUUUCUUUUCUUUGAGUCCCCUGUUUUGUGUUCAGGGUGUCUUCUCUCAUUGUGGUAUUAUGUUAUAACUUAUCUAUAUCUAUAUCUAUUGUAGAGUAAGUUAUAUGUUU